AUGGGUGUUACUGAACAUCAAUGCAUUGGUAAAUAUCCUGAUUCUGUGUUUCUUCCAGCAAACCUGAUGACAAUUUUGAUUCUUUACCGAGGAAAGUGUGGUCUUGCCAAAGGAAUCACUUGCUAUAUGGCAGCCAUGGCAGUGGGAGAUCUAAUGGUCCUUUUCUUCAAUGUAGUUGUGAGCCAAAUCGUUAAUUAUCAUUUCCCAGACUCACUGUUGAAAUACACUUACGCAUGUCGUUUUACUGUCUUCAUGCAAGGGACGAGCAUCCAACUCUCUAUCUGGUUCACAAUCUCGUUCACCUUUGACCGCUUCAUCGCAAUUUGUUGCCAGGAACUGAAGUCAAAAUAUUGCACUGCAAAAACUGCCAAGGUUAUCAUAACGACCGUGUGUGUGGUCAAUGUCUUGAUCAAUGUUCCCAUGCCUUUUCGCUAUGAGCCCUACUAUGUGCUUAACAAUGUCCAGUGGGGCUGCCGCACUGUCACUCAAUAUUUUACUUCACAGGCAUGGACUGCUCACCGAUGGAUUACCAAUCUCUCAAGUGCAUUGCUUCCAAUUCCCCUGCUGCUGCUGUUGAAUUCCCUUACUGCCCGGCAUAUCUUAGUGGCCAGUCGAGCUCGUAAAGCCCUGAAGAGUAGCAGCAAUGGGGAUACUGCCAGCGACCCUGAGCUGAAGAACAGAAGAACAUCCAUCAUUCUGCUCUUUACUAUCUCUGGCAGUUUCGUUGUGUUGUCCGCGCCGAUUACUCUAAUCCACAUAUGUGUCGGUGUUACACAGACAGUUACUUUCCAAGGUUCAAACUCACUUUACCUGGCGAUCAGAACUACAUUUUUGUUGAUGUGCACCAGCUCCUGCACAAACACUUGCAUUUACGCAUUGGCCCAGAGAAGAUUCCGAGUGGAGAUCAAGGAUAUGGCAAAACAUCUGUACUCAGUCAUCAUUCAGUUAUGUAAAUAA